UCAGAAGUCUAUACUGUGUGUAUCAGCUCUGCAGUGUCUCGGCUCAAGGGUACAACGGCAGGGCCCGAUCCUCCUCAACCGUCAAGUUUGGGCAGGUAACCGUAACCUACCUGUGGGCCACGCCCUCCACUGCGCACAGGUAAUGCAAAACAGGAAGUGGCUGUCAACGCCGUCGCUGUGAAUGAAAAUGCGACGGUGCAUUUGAGAGAGAAACAGCACAUUUUCAAUCGUAUUUUUAAUAAACUCUUUACAUUGAAAAGGAGAAAUCCUUUCUUUUUGGUGAACAUGCGGCUCUGUGCAACCUGCCCGCUCCUGGGACUUUUGUUUUUGACGGUCUUCGACUCAUCAGAAUGUCUACAGACGACGGUCCGACCAGACAAAGGCUCGACAGUGAAUGUGUUCACCGAGCUGCCGUUGGAUCAAUGUGCUCUGUGUAGAGUGAGCGGGGUUAAUGACACACCAACAUCCUGCCACUCCUCUCUGUCCCUGCCACCUGAGGAGGAGGUCAAACUGCUGUUCAACUGCUCCCAGCCGAUUGAACAGGCGUACACUGUGACGAUUACGCGUACAAUUGAGUGCACUAAGGACACCUGCAACCCUGCAACAGAAAAAGGUCAACCUUCCAUCCUUAAAGAGUUCAGCAGAACCUUUACCUGGGAGCUGAAGGCACCUGAGAAGACAGUUGUGAGUCUGGACAUACUUGGAGAGGGGCUGAUAGAGACAUCCCAACCAUGCCCUAAUGGAUUUCAGUAUUCAGUGACCACAUCCAAAACAAACACCAAGGGCCGGACUCAGUAUUGUCAAGGUGGUUCUGUCACUCGUUUUGACCUGCCAAAUGGAGCUGUUGUGUCUCUGCACGUUAAACCAAAGGCUGAGGUCGAUUUAAUGUUGUUCCAGGCCUCCGCUGGACCACUAAAGGGCCGAACAAUGCUUCUAAGUGUUGAUUCAGGCACGACUGUGGUCGUCAGCCGAGACCCUGAUGAACCAGAAUGUGAAGUGUGCUGGGUUGAUGGCUCCACUCCCAACUGUAGCCCCACAGGAAAGACACUGACGAAUGUUGAAAAACUCUCGCUGGGGUUCAGCUGCCUGAAACCUCAGGAUGUGUACAGCGUGAAGAUAAGGAAGAAAAUAGAAUGCACCCAGAAAACCUGCACUCCCCCUGCAGGAGAAGUUGAUCCCGACCUCUUUCAGGACUUUAAAAGAUCCCUAACAUGGGACAUUAGUGUUCCAGAGAGAACUGUAUUAAACUUGGACUUCCCUGGUGGAUUAAAAGAGAUGUCUGAAGCAGAAAAUUGCCAAAAUGGCCACCAGUACUCAAUGAGUACAACUAAAAGUGAUGGAAAGAUCAGAACUAACAGCUACUGUAAAGGUGGGACAGUGUUUCAUCUGGAUCUGCUCGGAGCCACAACUGUGACUGUAGAAGUGCCCAAAGGAGGUGAACUGGAAUCAUUCACUGUCAAAGCAGCACCAAGAGGUGGCAGAAUGACGCCUGUUAUGCCCGAUCCUAACACCGUCAUUACCAUCAGCAGGGUACCCAGUGACCUAGACUGCAGUGUGUGUGAGAAGAAGGAGCCCACACCGAUAUGCAAACCAACACAACUCAUCCUGAGAGAUCCUCGCAACACCACAGUAGAGUUUACCUGUCCUCAACCUCAGGAUGUUUUCACUGUGGAGAUCAACAGAAAAAUAGACUGCACAGAGGCCUCCUGUUCUGGAGACAUUGUUCAGGCCGAGUCCUCACUGUUCCCAGACUUCAACCGGACCUUCACCUGGGAUCUGAAAGUUGUCUCCACUCGGACCUUUCAACUGGACUUCCCAGAAACAGGAAUGCGACAGAUUCCGAAUGAGGAGACUUGUCCAGAUGAGCACACAUACUCUGUUGUUCUCUAUCUGCGCACGGGGCCGGCAACCAUUGGUACCUUUUGCAAAGGAGGAACUGUGACCACCAUCCUGGCUCGCUACAAGGGCCGUGUGUCUCUACAGGUGCCUGGCGACAGGAAGCUGGAACCCUUUGACUUCAAACUCAAUGUUGGACCUGAGACCAGCAUGGCUGCCAUAGUGAAUGUCAACCUACCACGAGGUGUGUCAGACACAGACUUUAUCACAGCCAACUACCCCAGGGAUUUCCCUGAUAGCCAGCAGAUGCAGUGGGAUUUCAUUGUGCCCGGCAUGCACAACUACACAAUCCAUUUUCAUGAUUACACGGCUCCAGAGUGCCUCAACAAUGAAGUGGAGGUGGAGUACCAGAAAGAGGACAAGAAGAUGACUAAGCUGACUCUGACGGAUUCUCAGCCGCAGCAUCAGCAGGGCAACUUCAACAUGGUGCUGAAGAAUUGUGAAACCAACAGGACACUACAGGGACUCACCUUGAACUUCAGAGUCUCUGUAAUGAGGAGUGGGCAUCCAGUUCUGUCUGCGGUGGAUCUAACCAAACACCAGGGAGUGUCCCUGCAGGUAGAGAAAGUGGGUUCUGAUCCCUACUGUGAGAUGAGAAUUAACUCGACGAUUGAAGAGAAGAUCAACGUGGCUGCAGGCACUAAGGCCGACCUUUCCUUUCUCGACUGUCCAAAUGAAGAUAUGCGCCUGACUGCUAGUAAAGUUAUUGACUGCCAAAACGGGAUGUCCUGCUCUGCGACUGUCCUUAUUGUGCCCCAACUGGACUCAUCUCUCCCGAUGCCCCUCCACAGCUUCACCUGGCACCUCGCCGUCCCUCAGGAUGGCACCGUGGAUCUGGUGUCACCCACAGGGAGUCUCCGACAGUCCCUGCCCGGCCAGGAGUGUAAUCAGUCUGUCUCCCUGCAUGUGGCAGAGAGCGAUGGGUUUUCUGUUGGAGAUUUCUGCUUUGAAGGAAUCAUCCAGAAAAUUCAGGUGCAUGGCAACGUCUCAGUCACAGCCACAGGCGAGGACUUUAGCAAGACCAGGGGUCCUUUUCUCAAUGCCAGCUUCAGUGAGGAGAUCCCAGAGAGCAUUAUUUACAGAGUCAGUCCACAGAUGUCGUCUCCGACCCUGCUGGCCACCCCCAACUGGCCUCAGGGUAUGAAGCCUUUUUCCACCGUAUCCUGGAUCGUCACUCUACCGAGCCAGUAUCAGGCGCACAUGCAGUUUGUCAACGUCAGCCAGCCGAAAUGCAGCAACGGGCACACUGGCAUCAAGGUGAAGAUGCUGGGGGACGAUGAAGAGAUAAUGACCCGCAGGGAGGACAAGUUGUCUCAGGAUAUGCUGACAGUGACACGUAGUUUCUAUCUCACCAUGUCUAACUGUAUGCCAGAGAAGGGGCACUUUGGUGCAUUGACCAAAAUCGAUCUGCAGAAGAAGAACCAUCUCUUGGCCAUCCUUCUCGGGGUAGUGGGAGUUAUUUUGCUGUUGCUCAUAGUGCUGGCUGGUGUAUGCCUCGUCGCAAAGAAAAAGAAAAAAGACAAAAUGAACAAGGCGUCCAUCUUCAUCAGCAAAGGCAAUAUCUUUCGCCCAAGUGACAGGCACUUCACCAAAACUCGGUCUGAUAACGAAUCCCACGUUUACGCCUCCAUAGAUGAGACGAUGGUGUACGGCCACCUGCUGGGUGACUCCAGCUACGCCGACAGCAUGCAGGACCACUUCAACGGGAUGCAGGUAGACUCUUAUAAGACAUUUACAGGCCCCACUGAUGCAAAUCUGCCUGUAAUCAAAGAACCGGACCAUGAGCCUGAGAUGGACCAGUUCAAGACAUUCCUGAACCCGUCUGAGUCUUUCAUCCCGUCCCGUCCACGCACUCCUAUCGACCGGCAGGACAGCUUCGGCUUCCAGGACCGCAGGAUGGUGGACAAUGAACUGUACACGUUCAAGAGCACAGGGGAUAUAAACACGAUCCGGCUCUCUGGUGUCAACAUGGAACCACAGCCACCUAUUAUAACAGAGGACUCCUUGUAGUGUGUCGGGACUGUAACUACAUGAUGGAUCGCUGUUGCUCUCGUUCAGUACGGAGUAUCUCUAGAAUGUACUGAUGUGAACUUCUGUGCCUCGAUCACACUCAGGGAAUCUGAGAUCGAUGAGCCUCUAAAUGCAAUGUGAAUGUUGUCUUUGUCAGAAAAAGUCAGAAAUUUCUAAAGCUUCAAGAGUCAAAGCUGCGAGCCUCUUUAAAAGGAAGUUUAGCAUUUUGGUAAAUACUUUUUUCUGCUUUCUUGCAGAGAGUUAGAUGAGAAGAUUGAUUCCAUUCUCAUGUCUGUCCAGUAUAUAAAAAGCUACAGCCAGUAGCUGGUUACCUUAGCAGAAAUACUGGAAACCGGAAGAGAGCUAGACUAGCUCUGUCCAAAGGGAACAAAAUCCACCUACCAGCACCUCUAAAGCUCAAACGGAUUAAAGAAAUAAGAUCUAAUGUAUUAAUCAGUGAGCUUUAGCGGUGCUGGAUUUUAUUAUCUUUAGACAGAGCCAGGCUAGCGGUUUCUCCCUGUUUCCAGUCUUUAUGCUAAGCUAAGGUAACCAGCUGCUGGCUGUAGCUUACAUGAGUGAUAUCAAUCCACUCAUCUAACUCACAACAGAACAUGUUGAACUAUUCUUUUAAUGUUUGAUUUGUUUAGUUUUAUUAAAUCUCUGCCCAUGUGUCAUGGAUUCAGGAGAAGGGACUAAGAAAAAAUGUGCAAGUACCUCUGGUCCUUGUUUUAAAAGUGUUUUAUAUUGUUUACUUGUCUUGUUUUUAACAGUAGUUUUCUUUCUUCU